AUGAAUAUUGAACAUAUUUUAUUAACGGGUGCCUCGACUGGUAGACGUACUAGACAUUUCUCUUUAAUAAAGCCUCUUCAUCCAACCAAUACAAGGGAAUCACCUGAAGCUUCAUUGAUUUUAGGUUUUUCAUAACCUUGGAAGGAGAACGCAUUAUAAAUAUUUGUUCACAUUACCAAAUUUAUAAUCAAAUUGAAAUAGGCUGCUGAAAAAUACAGAUUUAAAUUAAUAACUAAUCGCAUCCAUAACAUAAUUGGUGAUAAAGCAUCAGAUUUUUUGUAUUAUUAAAGAAAAGGAUUAGUAAAAGCACCAUUUACAUUUCUUGAUUUUAUAACCUCUAUGAUAGUAAAUAAAUUACCAUCAUACGAAUUUAUGGUAAUUAAACCAGAUAGUAAAAUAAAAUUGGUUAUGGAUCUAAUUAUUCUUGUACUUAUCAUAAUUAAUAUCUUCUACAUUCCUAUGCAAUUAUCAUUUUAAUUAAAUGGUGAUAAUGCUGUUAUUGAUUUUUUAUUCAGUACACUACCUAGUUGGGUAUUUAUAAAUUAAUAUUAAGGAUUUUCCUAUUAGAAAUAAUACUUAACUUUAAUACAGCAUACUAUUCUAAAGGUAUGAUUCAUGAAAGCAGACGGAAAAUUUUUAAGCAUUAUUUUUAAGGAGAUUUUGCUUAUGAUUUAAUUGUAGUCAUACCUUUUUUAAUUUCUUAAUAUUAGAUUCCUUACAUUAAUUUUGUGCUAUUAUUGAGAAUAACAAGAGUUAAGAAAAUUUUUGAAUAAAUUGAGGAGAUAUCCUUAAUUAGAGAUAAAUUUGCAGCUCCAAUAGAUAUAUGUAAACUCUUAUAUUUUUUAAUUUUGGUAUCACAUAUGCUUGGUUGCGCUUGGCAUUUUGUAGGUUAAAUAGAAUUAUAAAGUAAUUUUGAAAAUUGUUGGUUAACAAGAUAUGGUUAUGCUGAAAAAGAUUGGAUUGCUAGAUAUAUUGCUUCAUUAUAUUUUGGAACUAUAACUGCAUUUACAAUUGGAUAUGGAGAUAUUGUUCCAUAGAAUUAGUUUGAAUAAAUGUUUGUAAUAUUUACAGUUUUAAUAACAUCACUAAUAUUUGGAUACACAAUAUCUGCAAUUUAAUAAAUAUUUGGUUAAUUGAGAGAAAAGACUGAUAAACAUAGGAAUAAUAUGGCUACUGUAAAUUCAUAUUUAAAAAAAAAUAAAAUUAAUCCUAUUCUUUAAAUGAAGAUCAGAAAAUAUUUUGAAUAUUUCUUUACUCUAGAUGAAACUUAAGAUGUUUUAAUGGAUCUUCUUAAUGAUGAUUUAAAAUAAGAAUUAAAAGCUAGUAUUUAUAUUCCAAAAUUGAAAUAAUGUUAAUUACUAAAUAGAUUUAAUGAUUCACUUUUAGCUUAAUUAAGUAGAGUAGUUAAAACAUAAAAAUAUAUCCCUGGAUAAAUAAUAUUUUAAUAAGGAGAUUUUGUUCCUAAAGCUAUGUUUCUUCUUAGAGGAGAAAUAGAAUCACUUAUAAACAAAGUUUCAAUUAGAAAAUAAAAACAAGGUUCAUUUGGUAUUAGAGAAUUCUUAUUAAGGAAUUCUGUUCAUUAUACUACUAAAGCAACUAAAUUUUCAGAGAUUGCUUAUAUAGAUCAUGAAGAGUUUAUUGAAGUAGUAAAAAAAUAAUCUGGUAAUUAUGAACAAUAUUGUUUGUUAAGAGAUGAUUUAUAAUUUGAUUUAUGUCCUAUUUAAUGUCAAGUUUGUUUAAGAAGUCACAAUUUUAUGGAUUGUCCUGUAGUAUUUUAUAGUCCAAGUAGAGGUAAAAUAGCAGUAGAUAAAGGAUCUAAUAUAAAUCAAAUUAGACAUCAUUUACAUUAAAGAAAAAAUUAGAAAUCAAAAAAUAGUUACUUAAACAUGGUUGAAAAGAUUGAAUCAGCUCUUGAUUUAUAAUUAGAAAAUGGAUUACUCUAAUAAGAAUAAAUUAAUUCACAUUAUAUUUCUGAUCUUGGAUUACCAACUCAAAAUGAUGAUGUAUCUAUUGAUUCCAUAACCAAAAGGAAAUAAUAAAAUGUUGUAGAUUAAUUUAGACUAUCAAAAGUUAAAUAGUUAGUAAAUUAAGGACGUCUUUUAAAAUUAGAAAGAAUUCCUUAAGUUAUAAAUGACUUGUAUUCAGAAUUUCUCAAAAUCAAAAAAGAAAGCUUAGAUAAUUUUGAUAAAAAUGCUAAUUUAGAACAUUAUCGCAUCGAUGAAAAUGUCUUGAAUGUUAUGAAAAACUUCACUAAUCGUGAUUACAGAGUUGUUAAUAGAAGAAUUAAUAGAAUGAAAACAUUUUAUAGAAGAGUACAAUAAAAUAAAACAUGA